GUCCUUUUAAGAGUUAGGCUAGUCUCGUCUCGAUCCGACUGAUAUCCACCAUCUCACAUGGACCUUGGAAAUCUUCAUACAGAGAAGAAGAAACCAUACCCAACUGAAGUUCGUUCCACAACAUAAAAACGAGCUCACUCAAUAAUUCUGGCUUUCACUCCAAAGCGAGCCAUGGUUGAGCUCAGGCAUUCGAGCUCGCUUGGGAACAGAGCCACUUCUUCCCCAAUGAAGCGGGACGAAGACUCCUCUCCCUUAGUCCCUGACCGCCAGUCUGAAGACCACGACGAUCGUGAUCGUCAUUCGAUCCGUGAUCGUUCUUACUCUAGGCUCACUUUUCAAUCCUUAUGCCCUUACUUUGCUGAUGAUUCUAGGGUUUCUCCUUAUAACUCCAAGAUCUCACUCUUCUUUGUCUUUCUAGUAGUUGCUGCUGCCUUGAUCGCUGUUUUUUCAAUUGUUAGACGUUUGAAUUCCCCGUACUUGUGUGAAAAAGAUGGCAUUACUCUUCAUUGUCCACCGGUUAAGGAACGUCCUUCACUCUGGGAGAAUCCCUACUCGGCAACAACAUCUUGGAAGCCUUGUGCUGAGCUUCGUGAUUCUGAAAUCUCAGAUCUUCCGCCUGAAAAUGAAACAAAUGGCUACAUAUUCAUCCAUGCUGAAGGCGGUCUUAAUCAGCAGAGAAUUGCCAUUUGCAAUGCGGUUGCUGUGGCUAAAAUACUAAACGCAACACUUAUUUUGCCAGUUUUAAAGCAAGAUCAAAUCUGGAAGGACCAAACGAAAUUUGAGGACAUUUUUGAUGUUGAUCAUUUCAUUAACUAUCUGAAGAAUGAUGUGCGGGUUGUUCGGGAUAUUCCUGAUUGGUUUACAGACAAAACAGAGCUAUUUACUAGUAUAAGACGUACAGUCAAGAACAUUCCAAAGUAUGCACCAGCACAAUUUUACAUUGACAAUGUACUUCCUCGUAUCAAAGAGAAGAAGAUAAUGGCACUAAAACCUUUUGUUGAUCGGCUUGGGUAUGACAAUGUUCCUUCAGAAAUCAACAGGCUAAGGUGCAGAGUAAACUAUCACGCUCUUAAAUUUCUUCCUGACAUAGAGCAUAUGGCUGAUGUAUUAGCUUCAAGGAUGAGAAGUCGCACAAACAGUUCAAAUCCAUAUAUGGCUCUUCAUCUAAGGUUUGAGAAAGGAAUGGUUGGACUAUCAUUUUGUGACUUUGUGGGGACAAGAGAGGAGAAAGUCAAAAUGGCAGAAUAUAGGAAAAAAGAAUGGCCACGUAGAUAUAAGAAUGGUUCCCAUCUGUGGCAACUGGCCCUGCAGAAAAGAAAGGAAGGACGGUGCCCUCUUGAGCCUGGGGAAGUAGCUGUAAUUCUUAGAGCAAUGGGCUAUCCAAAGGAAACUCAAAUUUAUGUUGCAUCCGGUCAGGUGUAUGGCGGACAGAAUAGGAUGGCACCACUAAGGAACAUGUUCCCAAAUCUGGUGACAAAGGAAGAGCUAGCUACCAAAGAGGAAUUGGAUAGCUUCAGGAAACAUGUUACGAGUUUAGCAGCAUUGGAUUUCUUAGUAUGUUUGAAGUCUGACGUAUUUGUGAUGACUCAUGGAGGCAACUUUGCAAAAUUGAUUAUUGGGGCACGCCGAUAUUUGGGCCAUCGUCUAAAAUCCAUAAAACCAGAUAAAGGGCUAAUGUCAAAAUCAUUCGGAGACCCAUACAUGGGGUGGGCUCCUUUCGUAGAGGAUGUCGUUGUCACCCACCAAACCCGAACCGGAUUACCAGAAGAAACCUUUCCCAACUAUGACCUUUGGGAGAAUCCCCUCACCCCAUGCAUGUGCAGAGCUUAACUAGAACACAUAUCAUAUGGGAUUUAAACCGAUUUUUUUGUUUUGGAGAAUCUCCUUCCAUCAACACCAUUUAUUUCUUUAGCAAGUGGAAAGUUUCUUCCCCCAGAAAGAUUGAACAUGGGGUGGCUAUUGUGAAAUGGAGGUUGGAGGAAUGAAAUGGUUGCUGCUGCCUCCUCGUGAACUGCUGGAGAAAGUUGACGAUGCCAAUCUUCUGUGGAUGUGUUUUUUUGUAUCCUUAACGAGAGAACUUGUUUGAGCAGUUUUCUCCAUUAAGGAAUAGAUGAUUUUGCAGGUGUCCCAGUUGUACGCAAAAUGUUGAAGGUCUGGUACGUAUAAUAAGCAACUUCUCCUAGGAUGCAUUAUAUGAACUGCCCCAAGCCCAUGUACCAUUUAACUUCCUUUUUUUCUUUUUCCUCCCUUCUUUUUGUAGUAUGAUUUGACUUUGUUUUUAGUAAAUAUGUUGAUUAACGUUGUUGCUCACAUCUUAUAGAAUAGCAAUUUUUGUCUAUCAUGAAGUUUUUCGUUUAUAGAACUUUGCCUUCGUGGCUGUGAUAUCAAAUUUGGACCUUCCUGAUGCUUUUUUGAGGUCCUUUUUAGGUAAUUUGGGUAUAGUUCAAUGUAUAAAAGACAUUAAUUACUAUUCUAAAGUUUGAUGAUUUGAUUCUAAAGAAAAA